AUGCCAGCCAGGAUUCACAAUGCCACCCUUCGAAAUGAGUCGGAUCUCAUCUACCCUCCCGUACCGGCUGGUGUUGUUCCAGGCGAAGGGAUUCUGCCUAAAACGAAGCUGGACUUGGUGAUUCUAGCUGGGACGCAGUGCGCUGCGGUCUCCGCUGCUCUUCACUUGCCCCCUCUUACCCCUAAUGCUACAGCGAUGGAACAGAAGCGGCAGCUGGGUGCGUUUUUCGGUGUAGCCCUUGCCUGA